UUUGCGAGAGAGCCCUACCCUACUUACUAAUAACUCAUCAUCGCUCAAUUGUCGUGCUCUCCAUCCAUCCAUCCACCCAUCUGCCGACUAAAAAUUAACCCCCAAUUUCCCUCUUCCUUUCAAACCCUAAUUUUCUAUCACAUCCUCUUUCUCUCAAGUGAGAAAAAUGGCAUCUGUAUCUAGUCAGCCUCAGUUUCGGUACACGCAAACUCCGUCGAAAGUUCUUCAUUUGAGGAACUUGCCGUGGGAGUGUACCGAAGAGGAGCUUAUCGAGCUCGGGAAGCCGUUCGGUAAAGUCGUCAAUACUAAGUGUAAUGUUGGAGCUAAUAGAAACCAAGCCUUUAUUGAAUUUGCUGAACAAAAUCAAGCGAUUGCAAUGAUUUCGUAUUAUGCAUCAUCGUCUGAACCGGCUCAAGUACGAGGGAAAACAGUGUAUUUACAGUAUUCAAACAGGCAGGAGAUUGUGAACAACAAGACGUCUGCGGAUGUGGCAGGGAAUGUGCUGUUGGUAACUAUCGAGGGUAAUGAUGCUCGCUCUGUCAGCAUUGAUGUGUUACAUCUGGUGUUCUCGGCAUUUGGAUUUGUGCAUAAAAUUACGACUUUUGAGAAGACAGCUGGGUUCCAGGCUUUGGUGCAGUUUACAGAUUCAGACACUGCUACUUCUGCCAAGGAUUCUCUUGAUGGACGGAGUAUUCCUAGAUAUUUAAUUCCAGAUCUAGGGCCAUGUUCUCUAAAGAUUACUUAUUCUGCACAUACAGAUUUGAGUGUCAAGUUCCAGAGUCAUCGGAGCAGGGACUAUACCAACCCUAUGCUUCCUGUUGCAUCUUCAGCAAUUGAUGCUACUGGUCAGUUCAGUUUGGGUUUAGAUGGGAAGAAGAUUGAAUCUGAGAGUAAUGUUCUUCUUGCUUCGAUUGAGAACAUGCAGUAUGCAGUCACUCUGGAUGUGUUGCAAAUGGUUUUCUCUUCGUUUGGGCCUGUUUUGAAGAUUGCCAUGUUUGACAAAAAUGGAGGAGUCCAAGCUUUAAUUCAAUACCCUGAUGUUCAGACGGCUGUGGUUGCCAAGGAAGCUUUGGAAGGGCACUGCAUAUAUGAUGGAGGGUUCUGCAAGCUUCAUAUAUCUUACUCUCGGCACACUGAUCUAAGUAUUAAGGUCAACAAUGAUCGAAGUAGAGAUUACACAAUGCCAGCUGCCCCCAUGAUGAACAACACACAACCCUCAAUCUUGGGACAGCAACCACCCCAGGCCGGCCCCCAAUACGGUGCCACCCAGUACAUGCCUGGUCCAGAAGGAUAUGCAGCAGCCCCUCAGUCUUCAGCAGGGUGGGCUCCAGGUGCACCUGCAGGGCCUCAAUCCAUGCCAAUGCAGAUGCAGCAGCAGCAGCAGAUGCAGCAUCACCCCUACAUGCCACAACAGGGUAUGCCAUCUGAAAUGGGUCCUGGGCCGACCCAAUACAAUGGUCAGAAUGGCUACCCUCCUCAGAGUGGAGCACCGCCUCGUUACCAUCAAUAGAAUUGAAUUUUAGCUGGACUUUUCACCUGUUUUUAAUGCUUUUUAUUUUGGGUCUUCCAGAUUGCCUUGUUACUUAGUAGUGAAAGGGGAUGUAAGUUGUACCGUUUGCUACCUUAUUUUGCAGAUUCUCUCCAUUUUGCCCCUUAAUCAUUUUUGUGUGUAGACUCUUGAAUUUGCUGGAGACCAACCUGGUGAUCUAUUGUAUAUCAUCACAUAUACCAGUUCUAGUAA